UGGUGCCUGUCGUGUCAUGCAGAGAACGCGCUGCCUAGUCUUAUGGAGGGGAUGCGGAGGGGGAGUGAACAGGAAGGGCCUCGGAAGGACCAUCACAACAGAAGAGGGGAGAGACUACAAAAGGAAGAACGCCUUCGAAAUGUGGAAGUGCCAUAACGCAGAAACAUACACAGCCGAUUUAUCAUUUCAUGACAGCUUUAAAAUUAGUAAAGAAAAAGAAUUGCUCAUCAGCACAAGGGUAAGCAAAUAUAAGAACGUAAAACAUGCCAACAUCAAAUUCCUGUUUUUGUUUCUUACGUUUAGCCAACCAUGCUGCAACCAUUUUAUUUGUAAAACGAACCCGAGCAAUGGAAUCCUCACGCAAGUGCUAGCCAAACUGAACUACCUCCUCUUGAUAAAGAAAAUACUCUCAAAUGAUUCAACACAGAAUAGGUUCUUAAAAUUUAUCUACUUGAAUUAUGUGUUACCCAGGAGGGGGAGAAAUAAAGUUUCACUCGAUGAAGAAGCGACGGAUGACACGUACAUUGGUGCUUCUCCCGAUGGGUACCCUCCUCCGUCUGGUACGAAAUUUCGAGAAAGGGACAGGGACCAUGUUCAGAACAGAUCGCAAGAUGGCAAUUCCUACCCAGGGAAACAUACCCAUUGGGUUGAACCCCCCCGAGGAGUGACCAAAUUCCAACUAAACGAAAUAAGGCAGCUAUUCCAAAGGGGGGAAUACGAAAUUGUUAUACACAGUAACAUCAACAAUAGAGUCCUAAAGCACGUUUAUGUGGACGAUCUAGAUGGUCAUAUAAAGACGCAAAUUAAUUAUCUCAAUAUGUUUGUCAACCAAGUGACGGAUAAAACGAUGCUACUGAAAUUGUACUCAUUUGUUGAGUAUUUCUUUGACCAAAUGGGGAACAAUGCGAACGAGUUUUUAUUUUUCUUGGACAGACUAGCCGAUAAACUAUUACUCAAAAUGAACUUGGUAGAUGUAGCCUUUAUCUUCCACAUGCACAUAAAGUUGAAUUAUUACAACCAUUUAUUUUUAUUCAUGUUGGUACGAAAAAUGGAGCUUUUUUUCCUUCCCUUGUUGACAUAUUCAGAGAGGAAUGAAGAACUAGCGAAUUUGUACAUGCGAAAAAUAAAGUAUAACCAGAAAUCCCUUGUCCUAUUUUUUCACUCCUUGACAAAUUAUUUUUUUUACCUGAACCAAAUUGAAGAAGGGACCAGAUAUAAGGACAAACGGAUACAUAUCAAACGUUUCCUUUAUGGCAAAUUGGGGGCACUCCACGUGUUGCAGAACUUGGAGCGAAAUUAUCAAUCGUAUUCUUUGCUAGACUACACCUUGGUGUUUUCCGCCCUCAACAAGCUGGACAUACAAAAUGAGCUACUCGGUUCGGUUCUACUGGAUUAUAUAGACAAAAUGGGAUCAUUUCUUCCGACGAAUGGUAACUCGCAGAAGGGAAGACUCCCCCCCUUAACCACUUCCCUCCUCAGUGGGGGCAACCUUCAUCUGUAUGCCUCCCUUUUGAGCACUUUUACAAAAUGCUUCACAUCGUAUCAGUACUGCAGGGAUGAAUAUCAUAAGGUCAUGCGGGUGUUACUUAUCCUGUUUGAAAAUGCUCUCUGGGUUAUCUCCAAAUUGUUCGUCAGUGAAGGGAAGAAUUUGCUUUACCCCCUGUGUGACCACCAAUUGGAUGAUGGGUUGAGGCAGCCUUUCGGCAGAACCCACUCAUCCGUGGAGGAAUCUCACUCGAGAAUUGUUACAUCUCAAGUAGAUGCACAGAACAGAUGCGACAAUGCAACGAAUGGUAAGAGUGACCCCCACUGGAGGGAACACCCAAAUGAAGAACCCACCUAUUUUGACUUCAUUAGGGUUCUACAGUUGGAGAGGAGAAGAACCAAAGUGGGGAGUAAUAUAGGGGAAACCCCCUCACGAGAGACAUGCAACAAAAAUAGCGUGUCAGGUGGAGGAGAGGACUCCACAGAUAGACCCCUCCACCAAAGGGAAGGCGAAACAUAUAAUCACUGCAAAACGGUGUACCAUGUGAAAAACGUCCGAGAUAAUAUCAAGUUCAUCGUUAAUUGUCUCAACUCGACCUACAAACUGGUUAAUCACUUUAUUGAAAUUUUUCAAAUUAAGGAACACAGCAAGCAGUUCAACCGGAUUUUUCUGUACAAUUUUUCCAAUAAGCUUAUUUAUGAGAAAAAGAAGGCCAAUUGUUCUGGAGGUUAUUUAGAUCACUUGCACAGCAGCACUGUGCAUGGCAGCAGAUUGUUUGACUACCACGAGGGGGGGGUGCACAUAAAUCGGUUGUUUAUGUGUGCCUACUUGCAGAGUUUCUUGCUAUGCGAUUUGGUCAAUGUGUAUGUCGGUGGAAUGGUAGAGGGGUUACCUGAUGGGAUGCCGCCAACAACCGAACCACUCAACGAGGCGACGUUCUUCUCCCAGCUGGCCGCCAACACACUAGGGGCUAUCCAAAACUUGAAGCUGCUACGGUACGACAUUUUUGCCAACAUCACAUACAUCAUCAGAAGGAAAUACUUCAAACUGGACAUGGUUAACAUAGGAAAUAUUAUUCACUCGUUCGCCUCCGUCAAGCUGAGAGACGUACAGAUAAUCGAGCUUCUAACCAAGCAGUUGGUAUCUCACGCAAAUGACAAUCCGGGGAGAGACCACAAUAUAGGUGAACAAACACUCAGCAAUGUUUCCAUUUCGUUAUUAAAACUUGAUUUGCCGAACGAAAAAUUUAACGAAAUUAUUUUCCGAAAUUACAAAAGGGUCCAAUCUGUGCAUUCACUCAUAAAUAUCACCUUCUACUUAUGCUACUACAAUUUUAUGAGCUCAUUUGUGCUGCAAAAUAAUUUUACUCACCUUUUUGAGCACGUCAAUAUAGCAGAUAUGAGCAUGUUGACCGUCCAAAACCAGACACAGUUACGUCUCAUCGCUCUUUUAGCUCUGCAUGUCCAUCAUUAUUCUGUUGGGGAGGCACAUAAGUGGGAGGAUCUGAAGGGGAUCCCCCUUGGAAAAAUUUCCACCCAUUUGGAUGAACUUCGAGACGUUGUUCUAGUCUCCCAAAUGGGGGCUCCAUCCCAAAGUGACCAACGCGGAGGUCAAACUGCAGAGGAGAUUUACAAAGUCGCACACGAGGGAGGGGGAAGACAAAGAAGCGCGUUUCCUGAGUCAGGCUGUACACAUGCUGUCCCCUCGUCCAUAAACAUGUUCGAAAUUUUUGCGCACAAACGUAUGAAUAACCCACCAAUGGAGACGGACCUGCUGUUAAGUGAGAGGGACUACUUAAACCUCCAUUUCAUUGCGGCAUUUCCCUUUUCAGCACCUCCCAUUGAAACUACCUCCAGCUUGCACGACGAAAUAUACGACGUGGUGGCAUCACUGAGUCUUCCACGCCGGCUGACGAAGGAGUUGCCGCACUACCCCUACUGCGUCGAUAUAGUGCUCGCCUA